UCGACGCGUCUGGCCUUUCCCUUGUGUUUUGCUUCGGGCUUUACUCUGAAUUUCCAUUUCAAUUCUAGCAAUCAUCACUCAGCAACUCUCAAUCCCGAUAUUCGCAAUGUCCGAUUACGAGGAUGAUAUGGACGUGGACGCUCCGUCCAAGAACGCGAUCCAGUUCAGCUCCGAUAACACCAAUUCUAAAUCCAAAAGACCCGCGGCAGAUCUACCAAUUGAGGCUCAAGACAACCUUCCCUGGGUCGAAAAAUACCGACCGAAUACCCUCGACGAUGUCUCUGGACACCAGGAUAUUCUAGCCACGAUCAACAAAUUCGUCGAAGCCAAUCGUCUCCCCCAUCUCCUUCUCUAUGGCCCUCCUGGCACGGGCAAAACAUCCACUAUCCUCGCGCUGGCCAGACGGAUAUAUGGCAGCAAGAACAUGCGACAGAUGGUCUUAGAGCUGAAUGCCAGUGAUGACCGUGGUAUUGAUGUGGUCCGUGAGCAGAUCAAGACAUUUGCCAGCACCAAGCAGAUUUUCUCCAUGGCACCCGCAGCUGCCUCCGGAGGCUCCUCGCUCGCCUCUUUCAAACUCAUUAUUCUCGAUGAAGCCGAUGCCAUGACGGCAACCGCACAGAUGGCACUUCGCCGUAUUAUGGAGCGGUACACCGCCAACACGCGAUUCUGCAUCAUUGCCAACUAUACGCACAAACUUUCCCCGGCUCUUCUUUCACGUUGUACCCGAUUCCGAUUCAGUCCAUUAAAAGAGCGAGACAUCCGAGUCUUGGUGGAUCAGGUGAUUGAGAAGGAGCAGAUCAAGAUUCAGCCCGAAGCGGUAGACAGCCUGGUCACGCUGAGCAAGGGUGACAUGCGACGUGCCUUGAAUGUCCUUCAAGCUUGCCAUGCGAGCAGUAUACCCCUUCCCAUGAAGGACGCCCCUCAGGACCAGCCCCGUCCGGAGCCAGAGACGAUUACGAAUGAAACGAUUUACGACUGCAUUGCCGCGCCCCAUCCCGCUGAUAUCGAAGAGAUCAUGCGAACACUUCUUAACACGAGUGAUAUUACCUCAUGUCUCAACACGAUCAAUACGAUUAAGACCAAUAAGGGUUUGGCUCUGGCGGAUAUCUUGUCUGCGUUGGGCGACCAGCUGCAACGGGUAGAAGUCCCCGCACAAACCAGGAUUACCUGGCUGGAAGGGCUGGCGGAGAUAGAAUGGAGGCUAGCGGGAGGAGGUUCUGAGACAAUGCAGACAGGCGGACUGGUGGGUGUUGUACGAAAUGGCUGUGAGCUGAUGGACCGGUAGUCAGUCGUCCAGCACCACCAUAAGAAGAAUCCACGAUGAUCAAAUCAUUC